AUGGCAGACAAGGCAGCACUAGAGAGUCACCUCAAGACUCUGCGUGCGCUCCCAACAAUUCGACAACGGUGCAAGCUCGUUCACGCGCUCGCUCAGCAGAAUAAACUCCAGUAUUUCGAGUAUCAUCCAGAAAAGGAACAUGAAGUUGUCAUGUUCUGCGAAGAAAUUAUGCGCCGAGACUAUGAGUCAUUCUCCAAGGCAUGUAUCUCUCAUACCGUGCCUGUUGAGGAGCAAUGUGCGCGGCUCCUCGACCUCUUCUUGGUAUCGGUACUCUUGGACGCAGGCGCUGGAAACGUCUGGAAGUACAAAGAAGAAAUAGAGAACGGCGAAGUGUACUCGCGCAGCGAAGGUCUAGCAAUCGCUUCGUUGGACAUGUUCAAAAAGGGUUUGUUCUCCAGCGACCCGGAGAUGAAAGAGAGAGUAGAUGCUCAGGGGUUGUCGUCUCUAGACGCGACCAAAGUCGGCGAAGGGCUUCAAGUCAACGCGCGUAAUCCACUUUCUGGUUUGGAGGGGCGAGCAGGUCUACUACAGAAACUUGGUUCGGCGCUCACGCAAAGUCCUCAAUACUUUGGCGAGGAAGGUCGUGUGGGCAACCUGCUCACAUUCCUGAAAACAAAGUCGCUCACCUCGCACGCGGGACGCACGAGUGUACACAUCUCGACACUCUGGGAGGUCGUUAUGCAAGGGUUAGCGCCCAUUUGGCCGACCGACCGUACGACACUAGGUGGUGUGCCUCUGGGUGACGUCUGGCGAUGCGAUGCUUUGGCAAACGUUGAGGGCAGUGCCACUGCUGAGCAGAAGGUGUCUGAGUUGGAAAAGGAGGCUCACGGGCUCGUCCCAUUCCAUAAGCUAUCUCAGUGGCUCACCUAUUCACUCGUCGAGCCAAUCGAGAAGCUACUGGGAUGGAAGUUUGAGGGCAUGGAGGACAUGACCGGCUUGCCAGAGUAUCGAAACGGCGGUCUACUGGUAGACUUGGGUGUUCUCAAACUACGAGAAGGCGCUUUGGGGCGUGAAUUCUACCCAGACACGGCAUCUUCGAUCCCUCGUCUUCCGCCUUCGCACCCGGCUAUCAUCGAGUGGCGCGCCAUGACCGUGAUCGAGCUUGACCGCCUUGCGUCCCAAUUGCGCGUACAGACGUCGACGCCAUCGUUGUCGCUCCCGCAGGUCCUGGAAGCAGCGACAUGGAAGGGAGGUCGAGAGAUUGCGAAAGCGCUACGCGCGAAUGUCAAUGGCGGUGGACCACCGAUUGAAAUCGAAAGCGACGGGACAGUGUUCUAG